AUGGAUAACACAUCAAACGUAAAAUCAGACCCAGACCCGUUGGUCGACCAGGUCGAUUUCGACAACUGGCCAGAUUACACAAACGAUGAAGAUGUUGUUAAUAAAUAUUUCUACAAGCUGUACGUAUCACAAAUCACAACCGACCAAAUGAUAGAAGUAAUGCGACACCUAAGCGCAUCACCAAAAGGAUCGAGAAACAAGAGCGUAUACAACACCAUGAUUAAAAUCCUGUUCAACGAAUGCAGAUUCUUCCCAAAGUACCCAUUACAAGAAUUGUCAAUAACAGCAGAAUUGUUCGGGAAAAUGAUAAAGCAUGGACUGCUAUUGUCAAACGGGCCACUUCUUCUGUUAGCAUCGAGAUGUAUACUGGAGGCGCUGAAAAGAGGAAAGACAUCAAAGAUGUUUCAAUUCGGAACAAUAGCACUAUCGCAGUUUGAAAAUUCAAUCGCAUCGUACCCGUGGUUCUCUAACUCACUCCUGUCAAUCCCAGACGUAAAGGAGACCUUCCCGCAACUUUAUAAAACGUGCGAAAAACUGCAAACGAUCAUGACUGAUAACAUGAAAAAUAGCACAUAUAUAGACCAAUCGAAAGGUAUUGUAAUAGGUCAGGUAGAAGAGGUAACACAAACACAACCAGAACAAAAUGGGCAGACAUCACCGCCAUCAUAUGGCUUGGAUAUUCGUGCAUCGGUUGGAGAGUGGGAAUUGAUCAUGGGAGAUGUGGAGGUGGACGCAACAGUGCCGCCGGAUUCGUUGGUAGAUCACGUUUACUCAAUUUUCAACAACAUGUGCCCAGAUGACGUGGAAAAGAAAGCAACUGAGGUCUCGGCACUAUUGGACCAGAAGUACAACACAUGGCUCCUGCUGUAUAUUAUCCGCACAAGAGCAAGCAAAGAACAUAACCUCCACGACGUUUUCGCAAACUUCAUAGAAAAUAUGAACUACCCAAAACUGUUCGACCAAGCAAUACAAAUAACAUAUUUGUGUAUAAACUCAUGCCUAAAAAACGUUGAACAACACAAGGAAGUCUUGGCAUAUAGAACACUGUUGAAAAACCUAGGAAGUUGGCUAGGAAGAAUAACGCUGUCCAGAAACGUACCAAUAAUCCAUAGACAACUGGAUGUAAAGACAGUGCUGACCAAGGGAUACGAAAAUGGAUACCUAGUAGUUGUGCUGCCAUUUAUAUGUAAAUCGAUGGAAUCGAUCAAAAACAGUAAAAUAUUUAAGCCACCAAAUCCAUGGACAACAGCGAUGUUAUCAUUCUUGAUGGAGAUAAGAGAUCUACCGAAUCUUAAAACAAACUUAGUGUUUGAAGUAGAAGUCCUGUUCAAGCACCUGAAUUUGGAAAUGAAGGAUUACGCAAAUAAAACUAAUUUGCUCACAUCCAAAAAUCCACCAAAAAAUAGUCCAGAUUUCGAACCACCAAAUCCAGCAAACACUGUACAAACAACCAGUUCUACAACAACAAAGACAAAUGGUGUUCAAGCAGGAGCAAAUACUCUGGAAGAAAAGAAUGUUCAGUACCCAGGAGAUCGAGAAAAAUUAAAUCAACUGCUGUCAAAGAUUAUAAGAGAAGGAACACUAACAACCUCCUCCUCCAAAUUCAAUGCAAUAUACACUCCAGAUGUACCAACUAACUUGAAUAAUGUAGUAACACAAACGACCAAUAACGCACCAACAAAAGUUACAAAUACAGUACCCACAGGAGGAUCACCAAGCAACGUGACGACUACACCACCGCCAGCAGUUAACCUACCAACAACAGCUAACUUCGCCCAUGCACAAAUCAACAUGAGCAUGACGAGGUUCAUAGACAACAUGAUGCACAACUUGCACAACAAUGUUGUUAUCUCACCCUCAAUAGCACUGUUCGAAAUACAACCACAAUUCAGAUCGCUGGUGCCAAUAGCAGUGGAAAGAGCAGUGAGGCACGUCCUAUCAGUGGUAUGCGAACACUCACUUUCACUGGCUAGAAUGUGCACAAAGGUCAUAAUAGCAAAGGAUUUUUCAAACCAAGAAGAUGAAAAUGUAACCAGAGGAGCAACGAGAAUGAUGUUUGAAACGUUGGCAACGAACCUAGUGGUGGCAACCUGCAAGGAACCAUUAAAGGUAGCAUUCCAUGAAAGCCUAAGGUCGUCAAUACAGACACAUAGAACACAAGAUUGUAAUGAUCAGGUGCUGGUGGAACAAUUAGUCCAAGUACUGAGCCAAGAUAACCUGGCAGUUUGCGUAAAUGUAGUCGAAAAAAUCACACAAGAGUAUGCGAUCAGAGAAAGCGACCUCCUCUUUAUGGAGAUACUCAAACCAAUAUCAAGGGAACCAAAGUUGCCCACAAACUUUCUACCAACCCUCAUUAAUAAUUGGAACACCAGAAAUAAUAACCAGCACGCGUUGGUGGUGUACAAAUCUAUAUUCGGAAACUCAAGAACGACACCACAGAGAGUUCAAUUACACAGCCCUUCAUCAGUGUCACAACACUCAAUUCAAAGCCAGCAAUUUCCAGUCAAUCAAAUGAACCAACAGUUCCAAGGACAAGUGAUGAUGGGUCAACCGCCUAUAUCAUCACCAGCAAACCAAAUGCCAACAUCAUCAUUGCAACAAUCGUCACCAAACGGACUACACACAGUGUUGACACUCUUUGAAGAGUGCCUUAGCGAGCUGAGGGAGCCGCUGAGAGAAAUAUCCAUGUUCCCGCCACCACUGUAUAACACUGGUUUGGAGCCGGGGAAGACGGAACAUAUUUUCAGCACACAGUCACUCCAUGUCCUGUACAGCUUACCACACGACCACGAAGUGUUCUCCUGUAUAAUCAAGUGCCUGAACGUGGUGGAGACGUCGGGAUGCAGAGAAGUAGCAUCCAUGGCUAUCGCAAAGUGUUUGCUGAUGUUUCUAUGUGAGGGCCUGGGAUCAAACGCAGGUCUUAAUGUGGAGGUUUUACUCUGUAUACUUGAUGGCCUUAAUAGUAUUAACCCGGCAGUAAAACAGAUGCUAGGAAACAUGUUAUACUCAUUACCGCUGGACCAGAACAAUAACCUGUUCAACAUAAUAGUAGUGACAGGACUUCUGAGAUACAAAUUGCUGGAGUGGUCAGAACUCACACACUAUUUGAUACUGGCAAUGGAAAGAGGGAAAAAUGUAUACGCAAUAGAGAUGUCUAUAGUGGCAACAGCAAUAGCACUGAUCGACCAAAAGUCUGCACCGCCCACAGUAGGAGCACCUCUGGUGAGGGAAAUAUCAAGCCUUUCCUGUGGACUAGAACCAUGUAAAACAUACCCAGGAGUUCUAAUUAAAGAUGCAUGGUCAAAGCUACUAAAGGAUAUAGUAGAUGUGCAAAACGAACCUAAGCCCACAAUACUGGUUUUAACAACGAUUCUGAAGCAGAACUUAAACACACUGUUUGGGAUACACCAUUUCAAAACAAACCCAAGCACACAAGUUCAAGUAGGAACAGAAUAUAAUGAUCAGAGAUCAGAUGACCAGAUAGAUGGAUUUGGAGGAGCACGUAGAGUUCCAAUCCCAUCACCAGUCAAUGACUCUCACAGGUUCGUAUUCGGAGCACUGUUUGGAAAAUGGGUAGAAUGUAGCAAAAAUGUCGAAGGAGACUCGUUACUGUUAUCAUGGAGACAGUUCUUCCAGAAGUUCAACCUCCAGUCACUAUUUAAAAUGGAAGGAGGAACUGAUUCAUUCUUCUCAUCGUGCCUGUACACAAUAAUACAUUUUGAAAAAACAUCAAAGCUGUUCAACAUGGCAAACAAAGAUCCAAACAACCAGAAAGUAAAUGGUUUGACAACAAUGCCAAACAUGCGUCCCCAGGCAUCUACUAACACUAGUUCUAUGAUGACCUCAUUGAAUGCAAGUAAUGAUCCGAGCACGAAAAGUGAAAGUAUGAGUGAUGAAAGUAACACAAAUUCAAGCGCAAGUAGCAGUGCAUCCUCGUCCUCAGCACAAGGGUUAAGUGCUCCACCAAUAACACUCUUUGAUUGCCUUGAAGGACUGUGCAAGAUGAUUGACGUGAUGUUGAGGUUAGUGGGAGGAGUGGGAGAUAUCCCGCCCUGUAGUGCACUUCAGAAACUAUUAUCAUCACUAUCCAGCAUAAUAGUACACCAAGGACAUUACCUUAGCUCAUAUAACAUAUGGCUCUCACUGAUGGUCUAUUUCGACAGGUAUGAAGAACCUAACUAUGUUUACGCAAAACUAACAUUUUUAUACGCACUUGAGUAUAUCAAUCCGACAAGAGUGCCUGGCUUUUCAUUCUUCUUUAUGAGGUUGCUAGUCCACCCAGCACUAAUCAACGGAUCCCUUAGAUCCUCAAAGUGCUGGAGAAUACUCUCAAGAAUAUUCAACCUCCUCUCAAUAUACACAGCAGACAUAAACAACUACCCAAACACAAACAAAGAAUCAAAUGAAAAUAAGGAUCUUAUGGUUAAAGAAGAUAGUCUGGAGUCUGAAAAGGAUACUGUUAGGGAUAUUGAUAAUUAUGUAGAAUAUUUCACAUCUGUGUACUUCAACUGUGUGGAGCAUGUUUCUAACCUGUGCCCCGAGUUCGUCAGCAUCAACUACCUGAAUUUCUUCGGAACGUUCGCAAUUGAGAGGUUGGCCUCAAGUGUGGGCAACAAAGGACCAUCAGUACUUAAAGGUUUCCUGGGAGUUAAGGGAGUGGAUGUAAUUCCAGAAAUGAAAGUCGCACCCAAAGUGUCCAACUCAUGGUCAAAUCACAUUUCAAGAAAUAGGUUAUCACUUCUGGUCACAAAGGUGCUAACUAAACUCUCCAAAUUCGGACUCUCCUCACUGGUAAGCUGCCAAGAUCUGGAGACAAUAUGCCUAAUACUCACCGAACAAGUAAACAACACUCCAGCGCAAUCAGUAAUGACUUUUAACUCUCUGACACUGGAAAUCGUCACAACACACCCAAAUGUGUCACAAGAUCUUCAUGAUACAAACGCCAGACUAUUCCUGUUUUUGUGGUUAAUUAAAGCACUACCCAUAAAAGCAAAAUACCAACUCGUUUGCUCAAUUGUUAGGCACCUCAGGGAUCCAAACGCACACACAUUCUUCUUCUCAUGUCUCAUUAUCACAAUGUUUGACGAGUGUAAAAACGACCUUGACACCAAGCACGUUAUACUUAGAGUGCUCCUAGAGUCAUUCAUAGCGCCAGGCAAGUGUCCCUGGGGAGUAUCCCUUGUGGUUCUGGAACUCUUUACUAAUCCCAGGUUCCAACAAAUACCAAACUACUCUCCUCAAACCAACGCCCUCAUAGAGUCCAUAACACACACCAUAAACAACAUUGCUACAUAA